AUGCCGCACACAACAACUCAGCCACCUAACUCACCAACCAUCCAAUCCCAUUCAAGUUCAACUCCAACACUAAUCAGCACAUGCCCACAAUCAAGCAUGAACUCAGAAACUAGCCCACAAUCAAUCUCAGAACCUACCCCACAGUCAAGCACAAUCUCAGAACCUACCCCACAAUCACUCACAAUCUCAGAAUCUAGCUCACAGUCGCCACCUAACGUACUGCUACAUAACUCAACCCCAACACUUCCUCCUAGACGCUCAGAACGAAUAAGACAACCUUCUGUUUUACUUCGUGAUUUUCAUUGCUACAACGCCAUGUCUCCUCACUCCAAUUCGUUGUCAACUUCGGAUCCACCUACUGCACAAGGUACAGGCUCUCGUUACCCCAUUUCGAAUUUUCUUACCUAUAAUCGUUUAUCUCCUACUCACCGUUGUUUUGUAGCAACUAUCUCACGUGAUGUUGAGCCCACUACAUUUGCCCAAGCUUCAACAUAUCCUAGAUGGCGAGAAGCCAUGAACAUGGAAAUUCAGGCGCUUGAACAAAAUAAUACUUGGUCUCUCACAACUUUACCUGCAGGAAAACACCCAAUUGGUUGCAAAUGGGUGUACAAAAUCAAGUAUAACUUUGAUGGCUCCAUUGGGCGUUAUAAGGCUCGUCUCGUGGCCAAAGGAUACACACAACAAGAAGGCUUGGACUAUACAGAGACAUUCUCUCCCACCGCUAAGUUGGUCACUUUCCGAUGUUUGCUUGCCAUUGCUUCUGCACGCAAUUGGCCACUUCACCAACUCGAUGUAUAA